AGCGGCGGCCCCGGGCUCAGCUCCCCGCGCUGCGGCGGCGCUCGGCGGCGGCUCACCCCCCCCCCCGCCGCGGCCGCCAUGUUGGGCUGCUGCGAGCUCGGCGGCGGCGGCGGCGGCGGCUGCGUGUGACCGCGGGAGGGAGGGAGGGAGGGAGGGAGCGGCGGGGGAGCGGAGGGCGCGGAAGCGGAGGGAGGCAGGGAGGGGAGGGCGCCGCCGUUACCCCUCCCCGCCGCCCCGCGCGCACACACACACACACACACACACACACCGCGCACACACACGCACCGCGGGAGGAUGCCCUUUGCCCGGGGGGGCCAAGACGGGAGAGCAUCUCGCCGCCGGCAGUGAAGCCGGCGCCGCCGGGGCCUCCCGGCCCGCAGCGUGCGGCCGGAGGGGGGCCGCCGGCGCGCUCCCUGCGCCCCAGGACGCGCACCCGGAGGAGGAGGGCGCCGCCGCCGCAGCAGCCAUGGGAAGGAUUUGACAGGGCUCGGAGCGCUUCCCAGCCGCCCCGCGGCGGUGCCGGUGUGUAGGGGCGCGCGUCCCGCCCGCCGCCCCUUGGCGCAGCGGAGGAGAAGGGGGCGACGAUGAAGACUUUAGUUUUUUUGAAUCACUGAAAAGCCUUAAAAGGAGACUCGUAAUAAUAGUCAUUAAAAAAGAAACCCCAAUGCAAACUGAAACAACCAUGUCCGGAGAAGUGCGUUUGAAGCAGUUGGAGCAGUUUAUUUUGGAUGGGCCAACUCAGACUAAUGGGCAAUGCUUCAGUGUGGAAACCUUGCUGGAUAUACUGAUCUGCCUUUAUGAUGAAUGUAAUAAUUCUCCUCUGAGAAGAGAGAAGAACAUCCUGGAGUAUCUAGAGUGGGCCAAACCUUUUACAUCUAAAGUGAAACAGAUGCGACUACAUAAAGAAGAUUUUGAAAUCCUGAAGGUGAUUGGUCGAGGAGCCUUUGGGGAGGUUGCAGUAGUAAAAUUGAAGAAUGCAGAUAAGGUUUUUGCCAUGAAGAUACUUAAUAAGUGGGAGAUGCUGAAGAGAGCUGAAACAGCCUGUUUUCGAGAAGAGAGAGAUGUGUUGGUGAACGGAGAUAACCAGUGGAUCACAACAUUACAUUAUGCAUUCCAGGAUGAAAACUAUUUAUACCUGGUUAUGGAUUACUAUGUUGGAGGAGACCUGCUUACAUUGCUCAGCAAGUUUGAGGACAGACUACCUGAAGAUAUGGCUCGUUUUUAUUUGGCUGAAAUGGUGAUAGCUAUUGAUUCAGUCCAUCAGUUGCAUUAUGUUCACAGGGAUAUUAAACCAGACAACAUUUUGAUGGAUAUGAAUGGACAUAUUAGAUUAGCAGAUUUUGGUUCUUGUCUGAAACUGAUGGAAGAUGGAACGGUCCAGUCUUCAGUGGCAGUUGGAACACCAGACUACAUCUCUCCAGAAAUCUUGCAGGCCAUGGAAGAUGGAAAAGGGAAGUAUGGGCCCGAGUGUGACUGGUGGUCCCUAGGCGUUUGCAUGUAUGAAAUGCUUUAUGGAGAAACGCCCUUUUAUGCUGAGUCCUUGGUGGAGACCUAUGGGAAAAUAAUGAACCACAAAGAGAGGUUUCAGUUUCCUGCUCAAGUGACAGAUGUCUCUGAAAGUGCAAAGGACCUCAUCCGAAGGCUCAUUUGUAGCAGAGAGCAUCGACUUGGACAAAAUGGGAUAGAAGAUUUUAAGAACCAUCCAUUUUUUGCUGGGAUUGACUGGGACAACAUUAGAAACUGUGAGGCACCUUACAUCCCAGAAGUCAGCAGCCCCACUGAUACAUCAAACUUUGAUGUGGAUGAUGAUUGCUUAAAAAAUUCUGAAACGAUGCCUCCACCAUCACACACUGCAUUUUCUGGCCAUCAUUUACCAUUUGUGGGUUUCACAUAUACAAGUAGCUGUGUGCUUUCAGACCGCAGCUGUCUAAGACUGACAGCUGGACCACCCUCCAUGGAUCUUGAUGCCAGCAUUCAAAGAACUUUGGAGGAUAGUUUAGCAACAGAAGCUUAUGAGAGGAGAAUAAGACGUCUAGAGCAGGAAAAGCUUGAACUUAGUAGAAAAUUGCAAGAGUCCACCCAGACAGUCCAGGCUCUGCAGUAUUCAACAGUGGAUGGCCCAAUAACAGCAAGCAAAGAUUUAGAAAUUAAAAGUUUGAAAGAAGAAAUUGAAAAGUUGAAGAAACAGGUAACAGAUUCUGGUCAGCUAGAACAGCAACUUGAGGAGGCCAGCACUGCAAGGCGGGAGUUGGAUGAUGCUUCCAGACAAAUAAAGGCUUUUGAGAAGCAGGUCAGAACGCUGAAGCAAGAGAGGGAAGAUCUUAAUAAGGAACUGGCAGAGUCUAGUGACAGAUUAAAAUCCCAAGCCAAAGAGCUGAAAGAUGCACACAGCCAGCGGAAAUUGGCAAUGCAGGAGUUCUCAGAGAUGAACGAGCGGCUCACAGACUUGCACUCUCAAAAACAAAAGCUUGCCCGCCAGCUCCGAGAUAAGGAGGAAGAAAUGGAAGUGGUGAUGCAAAAAGUAGAAAGUUUAAGGCAAGAGUUACGCAGAACAGAGAGACUUAAAAAAGAACUGGAAGUCCAAGCUGAAGCCGCAGCUGCUGAGGCAUCCAAAGACAGGAAAUUGCGCGAGAGGAGUGAACAGUACUCUAAACAGUUGGAAAGUGAAGUAGAAGGGCUAAAGCAGAAACAGGUUGGUCGCUCACCUGGGGUAAGCAGUAUAGAACACCAGCAAGAGAUCACUAAAUUAAAGGCAGACCUGGAAAAGAAAAGUGUUUUCUAUGAAGAGGAACUGUCUAAACGUGAAAUAAUGCAUGCUAAUGAAAUAAAAAGUCUGAAGAAGGAGCUACGGGAUGCAGAGAGCCAGCAGCUUGCCCUCAAGAAGGAGAUCAUGAUUUUGAAAGACAAGUUAGAGAAAACCAGAAGAGAAAACCAAAGUGAAAGAGAGGAAUUUGAAACAGAGUUCAAACAGAAGUAUGAACGAGAAAAGAUUCUACUAACAGAGGAAAACAAAAAACUUUCAAAUGAACUUGAUAAGCUCACCACCAUGUUUGAGAGGCUGAGUAUGAAUAACCGGCAGCUGGAAGAAGAGAUGAGAGACCUGGCUGAUAAAAAGGAGUCCGUGGCCCACUGGGAGGCCCAAAUUACUGAGAUCAUCCAAUGGGUAAGUGAUGAAAAAGAUGCUCGAGGUUAUCUUCAAGCCUUGGCCUCUAAAAUGACAGAAGAACUAGAGGCCCUGAGGAACUCCAGUCUGGGUGCAAGAGCUACAGACAUGCCCUGGAAGAUGCGCCGCUUCGCAAAACUGGAUAUGUCUGCAAGGUUGGAACUACAGUCUGCUCUUGAUGCUGAAAUCCGAGCCAAACAGGCUAUUCAAGAUGAGUUGAACAAAGUCAAAGCUUCCUGUAUCUCUACAGAGUGUAAAUUGCAAGAAUCUGAGAAGAAGAACAUGGAACUGUUGACAGAUAUUGAAAGGCUGAAAAAGGAGACAGAAGAGCUUAGAUCAGAAAAGGGUGUAAAGCACCAAGACUCACAGAAUUCUUUCUUGGCAUUUUUGAAUGCGCCUACCUCUGCUCUGGAUCAAUUUGAAAUUGAUUCAGUUGAGAAUUUUACAUUGUCUAAUACUCCAUCACGGGAUGAAGACAGCAAGUCUCACCUCCAUUCAAGAUCAAGGUCUCCAUCUACAGCUAGUGAGAUUGAACCAAUUGAGGUUACAGAUCAUCCUCCCCGUUCAAUUCACACACCGACCAUGAGGACAGCAUAUAUUGGAUCGGGACUCUCUGCACCAAAGCCUAAAGCUCACCAGUUUGUAGUGAAAUCAUUUAAUACACCAACAAAAUGCAAUCAAUGCACAUCUCUGAUGGUUGGUUUAAUACGACAGGGCUGUACUUGUGAAGUAUGUGGAUUCUCUUGCCACGUGACCUGUGCAGACAAGGCUCCUGCAGUAUGUCCAAUCCCUCCCGACCAGACUAAGGGACCUUUGGGAAUAGAUCCGCAGAAAGGCAUAGGAACAGCGUAUGAAGGACAUGUCCGAGUACCAAAACCAGCUGGAGUAAAGAAAGGUUGGCAGAGAGCGCUGGCAGUGAUCUGUGAUUUUAAACUCUUCCUAUAUGAUGUAGCAGAAGGAAAAGCAUCCCAGCCCAGCGUGAUAGUGAGUCAGGUCAUAGACAUGAGGGAUGAAGAAUUCUCAGUGAGUUCCGUCUUGGCCUCAGAUGUCAUCCAUGCAAAUCGAAAAGAUAUCCCCUGUAUCUUUAGGGUCACAGCCUCUCAGCUCUCUGCAUCCAGUAAUAAGUGUUCAAUCCUGAUUCUAGCAGAUGGUGAGAAUGAAAAAAGCAAGUGGGUAGGAGUGCUGAAUGAACUGCAUAGGCUCUUGAAGAAGAACAAACUCAAAGACCGCUCGGUCUAUGUUCCCAAAGAAGCUUAUGACAGCACCUUACCACUCAUCAAAACAACACAGUCAGCAGCAAUCAUAGACCAUGAAAGAAUAGCUCUGGGGAAUGAAGAAGGGUUAUUUGUUGUGCAUGUCACCAAAGAUGAGAUUAUCCGUGUUGGUGACAAUAAGAAGGUUCAUCAGAUUGAGCUUAUCCCAAAUGAACAGCUCAUUGCAGUAAUCUCAGGACGAAACCGUCAUGUGCGGCUUUUCCCUAUGGCUGCUCUGGAUGGAAGGGAGACUGAGUUUUAUAAGCUGGCAGAGACAAAAGGCUGUCAGUCAAUAGUUUCUGGACAUGUGCGCCACGGAGCUCUUACAUGCCUGUGUGUAGCUAUGAAAAGGCAGGUCCUCUGUUAUGAACUAAAUCAGAGUAAGACACGUCACAAAAAGAUCAAGGAGAUCCAAGUCCAGGGGAAUGUCCAGUGGAUGUCAGUCUUCAGUGACCGUCUUUGUGUGGGCUACCAGUCAGGUUUCUUAAAAUAUCCACUUCAUGGAGAAGGCAGCCCAUACAGUCUGCUCCAUCCAGAUGACCACACACUAUCAUUUAUCUCACAGCAGCCAACUGAUGCCAUCUGUGCGGUCGAAAUCUCAAAUAAAGAAUACCUGCUGUGUUUUAGCAGCGUAGGGGUUUACGUUGACUGCCAGGGCCGAAGAUCUAGACAACAAGAAUUGAUGUGGCCCGCAACUCCAUCUUCUUGCUGUUACAAUGCACCAUACCUCUCUGUGUACAGUGAAAAUGCAAUUGAUGUCUUCGACGUGAACUCCAUGGAGUGGAUUCAGACUAUUCCUUUCAAAAAGGUACGACCCUUGAAUACAGAAGGAUCACUAAACCUCUUAGGCCUGGAGACGGUUAGAUUAAUAUAUUUCAAAAACAAAAUGGCAGAGGGCGAUGAACUGGUGGUUCCUGAAACAUCAGAUAACAGCCGGAAGCAAAUGGUUCGAAACAUCAACAACAAGCGCCGCUAUUCAUUCAGAGUACCAGAGGAGGAGAGGAUGCAGCAGAGGAGGGAGAUGCUACGCGAUCCAGAAAUGAGAAAUAAAUUAAUUUCUAACCCAACUAAUUUUAACCACAUAGCACAUAUGGGUCCAGGAGAUGGUAUACAGAUUCUCAAAGACCUUCCAAUGCAGCGUUCCCCUUAUCAAUUCCCUCAUCAUCACUCCCGUCUGAUCUCCUCUCCGAGCAACUUUGAGCACAUCUACCACAUGACUGUAAAUUCAGCUGAAAAAUUCCUCUCUUACGAUUCCAUAAACCCUGCAUUUUCCCCGCCUCCACGCUCUGUCCUCGGUACUCCAGACUUUAUGACUCUGAGGAAUCUUCGGCCUCAGGAAAGUCGGACCGUGUUCAGUGGCUCUGUCAGUAUCCCAUCGAUCACGAAAUCCCGCACAGAACCAGGACGAUCGAUGAGUGCAAGCAGCGGGUUAGCAGCACGAUCAUCUGCACAAAAUGGCAGUGCUUUGCGGAGGGAAUUCUCAGGAGGUAGCUACGGAGCAAAGCGUCAGCCCAUGGCAUCGCCCUCAGAUGGUUCCUUAUCUUCUGGUGGCCUGGACCAAGGCAGCGAUGCACCAACAAGGGACUAUGAGCGAGAGGACUCUGACUCUCCGAGACACUCUACUGCAUCGAACAGCUCCAACCUCAGCAGCCCUCCCAGCCCGGUUUCUCCUCACAAGACCAAGAGCCUCUCCCUGGAGAGCUCUGACCACGUGAGUUGGGACUCAUGAACUGCUUCAGCAUUCAGAUUUGACAUCACAGCAGCUUGCUGUCCCCAUGGCUGUCCCCUUCACUUAUUCCAGUUCUCACCUUCAUCAUCCUAACCCUCCCCAUUCCCUGUCUGAAAGUGAUCUGGGAGUGGGGUACAAAGGAAGGUAAAAACUGGUCGUCUUGAGCACCGUUCAGCACUGCCUCACCCUCCCUUCCCUGGAUUUGACAGCAGCAAACAAGCAAAGCUAGGGUGUUGGUAAAUAUCAGAUGCUGUAGAUUUGUAUUAGUAUUGGUUUCGUUUGUGUGGUUACAGCUGCUUCCAUUUUUAAAGACAUAUUUAUCCCACUCCCCUUCACUUCUCAAAAAGUAGCUUAAGUAGACCAGACCAGUAUCAACAGGAGAAAAUUCAGAGGAAUUUUGUUUUCAUACAAGAGCUCAUUGUACUGUACAAAGGUAGCACAGACCCCUUCCCCUACAUGGGGAACGAUCAGUAUAUCAGAGGCACAUAAAAGCUUUCAGCCACCACGUUUGAAUGUCAAUCUGAUUGUCGCCAGCAAAUCCUUAUUGAUUAAAAUGAUGCAUAUUUUACUACAGUACAGAGUUUAAAUAAAUACGCAGAUGUUAGAGUAAAAUACGUAUGUAUAUAUUCAAAGAAAAAAAAGCAUUGUGUAUGCAGCAGAAGAUGGAUGCUUAUUUAAGAGAGCCUUUAAUUUAAGAUUUGUGUUGUCCCUGUUUUCAUGCUCGGUAAUAUACAGACUUGGAGGCCUGGCCUAAAACCUUUCGCAGGACAGAUAUUCCUUUUGCGUAGCACUCGCUGCACUGGUGGGAGAGGUCCCUGCGGUGCUUUCACAACAUUUCUUUACUUCUGGCGGUAGCAUAACUGAAGCUAUAAUUCCUACUUUCAUGUUAAUCCCCAUCCUUCGCAAAAAUGACAACGAUGGGAAAGCAACCCCAGGGCACCAGUCAGCCAGGUGGCUGCCCUGGUUUCUUGUGUGCUAGCUGUACAGCUGAGGAACCCUAUGGCAUGCUACAGUAGAGGUCCUUAAGGCAGCAAGGGAGUUCAAUGCAGCAGGAUUCAGCAGGAAAACUGUUUCCCUGGGUCACCCUUUGAGCAGGUUUAACUCUGAAGGGAGCAGUCUUCCACAUCUCCUUGACCAUCCCUAACCACAAAACUGUACUGUUGUUACCAAAUACUAGUUGCUAAUAACACAUCAGCCAAAUGAGUGCCCUUAGCCCGAAGCUAGCCGUGGCUGGCUAUGCUGUCACUGUAGCAACGAAGAACCUUGAAGACUGACCUCACACUGUUCACACUGUGGUAGUCGAAGAUGCCUAGUCACCCACAACUGCCAUGCUGGCAAGGUUGGUUUUCCUCUCCCUCCCCACCUGUGCUGUGGGUUUGUGCAAUUUGCAGUUGUUUGUAUGUGCUCACCUGCUGUUUGGUUCCAAUAGCAGGUCAGGUUGGAGGGCAGAAAGUAUUGCGGUGGAAGACAGAGCCCACUGAAGUUGCAAAAGUAAAUAAAAAGCUGAAGCUGGUCAUGCAGUCAACAGAAUAAAGUGAGAGACUGAUGUACAAAUGGAUGGUAAGAGAAAGAUGUCUCUUCUCUUUAGUUAGCAAGGCAGAUGUGUUUUUCAUUUGGGAGUGUGUUCAAAUGAGCCUCUCUUCUCAGUAGUAUUGCUGCUGGCUUUAUACUAUGACCAUACUCAAACACGUAAGGGCUUUUUGUAUUUAGAAUACUGGUUUUUGUGGGUUUCGGAAACUUGUUAUGGCUCUGAUUAAACCAUUCCAUAUUCUUGCAGUCAGCAGUAUAUAGUGUUUCACCCACACAGAGAUGUUUGGAGUUUUCCAGUUUAUGUCCUCCCUAAUGGACGUUAUAGGUAAGUUCACACCAUGUACAGUAAUUUCCAGGCAUGAUCUAAAUGUGAAAUAGGGAAUGAGACACAGAUCAUUUAAUCCAUUUAGUCAUGCUGGGUCUCCUAGGUAAGAUUUCUCUUUCAUUCUGAAUCAAGAGGCUUGUCCAAGCUUAAGCUCAUUCAAUGUUAUUUUGGGACAGGAAUUCAAGAAUUUUUUAGAAACCAUCAUAUCAAAAGCCUGUCUCUCUCCUGUUUGAGUUUUUCAGAGUAGCAAGCUGGUUGUGUUGUUUGUUUUCACUUCAAAGCUACUACUUUUGCAAGCCUGGCAUUUAAUAUUAAAAGCUUUAGCAAACAGCUAAGCACUUGAAAUUAAUUCCUCCCAGAAUAGUUUUCAGUCUUUCUGAGGGACAGAUAGGCAGGGCGUUAUUGGCAUUAUUAAAAUUCCACAUCAGCUUCUUUUUAAAGGCUGCAUAUUGCUUCAAGUAUAGCCACUGCUUUUUCCCCACAAUUCCCUCCUUUUGGUGAAGCAUGUCCACACACUUUUCAAAGCCUUUGCAGACUAGUUUUGUAUUUACUGUAUGUUGUAUUUAAACAUUAAUCUUAUUUUGAUGUUGAGAGAAGGCAUUUAAACAGCAGUCAUUUAAGAUAGAGCAGCCUGCUGGACAGUCCCCUGAGAGAGGGUCACAGGAUCUUUUUUGUGGAUUUUUUUUUUUCCUUUGCAGUUGAGCUAAUGCUCUAUCUGAAAAUGGAACCCAAAGAGCCACGACACUGCAAAAACAAGCUGAGUAAACCCCUCUGUUUACUCUGUUAUGGUGCCUGCAAUCUAUAGCUAUCAAAACCUGACAUUUUCAGGCAGAGUGUAGGUCAGUUGUGUUACAAAACGAAGCUCCAGAGGAUGAGCUCCACAGGCCUACACUUGUUUGUACACCACAAUUUCUAAGCCGUGGCAGUCUCCUUUAGGAUUACUAUAUCUAAUCAUUAGUUUGGUACCGUGCAUUUUUAUACACAUCUGUUCAAAAGAGAAACAGCAACUGUUCUCUCAGUUGAAAAGCAAAUGACCACAUCACUUAUUUGAAAAGAGGAAAAUUGUCCUAGGACUUGAAUAGUUUUAUAUCUUUGGGGACCAUUUGAUUAUAUGCUCAAAUUUAAACCACACAUUUUUUUUUGUUGGUAUGAACACUGAAACCAUACACAUACUGUAGCUGAGCUUUUUAAUUACUCAUUGGGCUAGGAAAAAUUAACUUGGUCAUUUGAACUGUAAGACUCUUGACUGGUAUCUCGAAGACAGUUGUCUCUUAAGGUUUGAUGUUCGCUACUUUGCACUGUAGCAUUGCUUCAACUUCACAGUUAGAGGGCUGCAUUUUGUUCAGGGAGCUUAAAAUCUCCCACUGAAUUCUUGACUGUAGCAUAUGUUCUCUGUACACAGUAUGUAUCUAGCUGAUUUUUUCCCUUUCGGCUGAGACUGAAGGCAUUUGCAUUUUUGAAAUUGCUUAAACAUACAGAUUGUUGGGUUUUUCAUUUUUUUUCUUCUCUUGAUGGCAACAAAGGAUCUGAACAGAUUCAGGCAGCUACUAAGGAUUCCAGGUUAUAGAAUGAAAAAGGUUUGGUAAAUAUUAUUCCCCUGCACAUGUGCACACACAGAUAUGUGGCUUCCUUCCACAUUUCGUAAACCCAAAAGCAAGGUUAUAGUACCCUCUUCUCUCAUGCCUUUGACCUGUAGAAGCCAGCUGGUGGUUUCAAAAAAAACCCUCCUGAGGCUGUGGUGAAGUAGUUGCUGCGGCUUGUUAUGCAUGUGAAUUUUGCCCAUUUUAACAAGUUUCAAAAUUGAGUCAGGAAUGUUCUCUCUUUGAUUUGAUUCUGAUAAAAUUACAAGCCUACAAGCCAGGUGUGUUAUUCUCAGGUAUGCAGCAGAGGGAAGUUAAGGGUUUUGUCAUACCAAAAAAAAAGCCCAGAAAGCACAGCGUAUUUAUAGAAGUGUAGUUUAACCGCACCCAACAGGUUCACAGAGCUUGUCAGCCUUUCAAAACAAAACAGCUGGAAUAUUAAGACAGAAAUAGAUUCUGGUACCAUAUUGUCUUGCACAACCAGACCCUCAGCAACAGGACAAACAUGGUCUUGGGCGGAAGAAGGGGUUUUUUUUCCAUUUUAUGCACGCUGUUUAAUUUUAAAUGAAUACAUCAAGGGUAAAAGCUAUUGCAGUGCAAGUAUCCACACCUCCUGAGCUUUAGUCUGAGAAUCAAAGUGGCACAUAGUAGCUUCUGCUGUGGUUUUUUCGUUAAUAGGAGUCAGUUCCAUGGAGAAAAUGGGACAACUUUCUGCACUAACACAAACUGCACCCUUCCGCGUGCUUUGUGUUCACACUCUAUUUGAUAAACAGCCCAGAAACCACUUUGCUGCAGGCUUUCCAGUCUAAAUUCCAACUCUACUUUGUCUUUCAUUCCAGCUGCAGCUCAGAACAACCUAUUUUCAUUCUGCAUUUAAGAAAGUCUCAUCCACAGGGAAGAAAUCCACAAACAAACCAGUGUUGGUAUUUCAGAGCAAUUAUACCUGCCUUUUUAUGUAUGACAGUUUCAUAUCAUUUAUUUUUAAAAUGUUUUUUAGGUUUUUCAUUGUAAUAUUAUUGUACAGUUUUGCAUGGCAUAGAUGUAAUCACUUUUUUGUUUUAGAGUAUAAAAGCUGACAAGUGUGCGUGUGGGGGAAAGAUUCUGCUUUUUGCCUCUUCUCACUAUUUUGUUUAAUGCCCUCAGUGUUGUAGGGGACAUUGUAAGAGAUUCUCUGCUACAGAACAAUGAUGUAGAUUCUUUUGCACAGAAAUAUUUAAGGUGGAAAAGUCAACAAUGUAAAAAUGACUUACCACCACUAUUUUAUGUUGGUAACACACUUAAUAUUAACCUACUUUGAUGUACUGCAAUAAAACAGGGAACUGUUAGAAAUGCA